AUGAAGGAAUUAGGCGUUAAGAAACACAAGAUAAAGAAUCUGUACUUUUUAAUUCUGAGCGGGAUAUAUCCUCAGAAUGGCAACCCGUUCGACAGGAUUUGGGAAUUUCUCCCUAGCUUACCCUAUAAGGAGUCCAUCUGGAUAUUUUCUAUGUUAAUUGGACGAGACGCGAAGACAGAGUACCCUGUGGACCUGUAG